AUGACUGACCAUCAAAAUACCACGUACAAACAAGAAGAUUUCGGCCCAUCGUCAUUCGUCGUCGUCGUCGUCAUCGCCGCCAUCGUUUCAUGUUCAGCGCCGUCGCUGCCUCGGGCAACUGUGCGCUCCGGUGACAGCGGAACAUGUAGGCAAGGCGAAUUCGCCUUGGCCGACGACGACGACGACGAUGGCCUCAGUCGAGACGGGGACACGUCGACCGACGGACGGACGAUUGAUGGUCGCCGGCAUGCGCAUCCUCCAUCAGUCAUCCCCGGCGAACCACAAAGCGCGCCGCCGCAGCACCAUUCACUCAACUUGACUGUCAGAUGA